CAUGCGUGACCUUUCUUACGCUGAUCUAGCAUUAGCCGGGCUGCUCACCGGUGUAAUGCGCGCUGUGUAAAUCACCCAUAAAUAACUCGAAAUUUGCUUUUUAUUAAUAGUUUUGAAUAGGAAUUGUUGAUAUAAAACCAUCAUCAUGAGUACUAUGUUUGCAGACACUAUUCUGAUUGUGUUUAUCUCGGUUUGCACUGCGCUGUUAGCCGAAGGCAUAACAUGGGUGCUAGUUUAUAGGACAGAGAAGUACAAGCGGCUAAAGGCAGAGGUGGAAAAGCAAAGUAAAAAACUUGAGAAGAAAAAGGAAACCAUCACAGAAUCUGCAGGACGUCAACAAAAGAAGAAGAUUGAGAGACAAGAGGAGAAGCUUAAGAAUAACAAUCGAGACCUGUCUAUGGUGCGCAUGAAGUCCAUGUUUGCCAUUGGGUUCUGCUUUACAGCUCUCAUGGGAAUGUUCAACUCUAUAUUUGACGGGAGAGUGGUGGCCAAACUACCCUUUGUGCCGCUGUCCUACAUCCAGGGUCUGUCCCACAGAAACCUGCUGGGAGAAGACUAUACCGACUGCUCCUUCAUUUUCCUCUACAUCCUCUGCACCAUGUCCAUUCGACAGAAUAUCCAGAAAAUGCUUGGUCUUGCCCCAUCCAGAGCUGCCACUAAACAGGCUGGAGGAUUUCUGGGACCCCCUCCACAAGCUGCUAAAUUUUCUUAAACAAAUCUGUUCAUGGUUGAAUGUCCCUUUUUCUUCUCUGACAGUGACUUUAUGCAGCCAAGACUCCCUCUUUUGGUCACAAAUGGAACCAAAAUAGUGUUCUUUUACUGUAAAAUAACCCUUCAUCAGUUUAUUUAAAAUUUUGUAUUGACUUCACAUUUAAAUUAUAUGGAGAAAGGUUCUUAAUUAUUUGAUUUUCAAAUGAAAUGUGUGUCUAGGUUGCUUCAGGACAUGAUUGUUUUGAGAUUUACUUUUAAUUAACAAUUUGCCAGUAUUAUUGUUAGCCACAGUUUAUAUCUAAAUGCUAAUAUUAAUAAAGUUUUAUGAGUGAAAAUAUCA